GGUUUUUUUUUGUUUGUAAUUGCGUGGGGCUGGGUUUCAACUAAUUCUGAAAGUCUUGGCAAUUUCACUUCAACACGCCUGGCUGGUUAAUUUUCUGAAGAAGGCAUUUUUUUGUCGCUGAGGUGGUGAUAGGAGCGAGAUAAAGAGCAGCGAUUCCCCGCCGCUGAUGCUUUCAACCAGCUGCAUCGGAAUAUUUACACAUUCGUCAGUUUCCAUCGGCACUGUUUCCAAGCCUUCUCCCCGCCCCCAUGGGAUCUCGAACAACAAAUCACAACGUUUUUAGAUCAGCAAAAUAGAUGGGAGUUAACGUGCAUCUUAAUAUUAAAGAUGGUGCAAAACCUACCAGAGGCGUUAGUGCAAUGCUGAAAUCAACCAGGGAACGGUACAGCAAUACCUUGGCUGUUGUCUCAGUGAGACUCUGAAUGUAGCUGUCUCUGAAGAUAACCCUGAGAUGUGCACCUAUAUAGUUCCAUCUUUAAUUUGAUUUUUCCGAUUGCAUCUUUAACUCUCUGAAGAAAGCCCUGUUUGAUCUGGCUCUGUCGUGGUGCUGCAGUGAUUUUUCUUUGGAAACCAAAACGAUCUUGUAGCCGUUCGACCCCUUUGCACUAUCCUUCUGGAUGUGUCAUUCGUCACUCAAGGUGACAAGAGGGGAAGAGGGUCAUUAAGGUGAAUUCCUGGGAAGGUGUAGCCCUUCCGUCUUACAGUGGAGAGACAGAGGGGAGAGGAUGCUGAGCACUGUGCAGCCAACCUCCUUCAAGAGCUGUAGUUGUCCACAGUCUAAGUUGGACAAAAUUGAUUGAUGAACAAUCUCUACACACACAAGUGGAAUGGGCUGCACUUCCAGCAUCAUUCUGUUUAAAGGUUUGAGAACAAUUGUCGAAAAGAACUGCGUUUAUAUCUGCAAACAGCAGAUUGAAUCAGCAUCUCUGGAAAAUGCAGUGCAGAACGUGGCUACUGAGGAGUCAAGGAAACCAGUCUGUUCAGCUCUGGCGAAACCAAAGGACAUUGAACCUAUAGACUACGAGAAUGUCUUAUUACAGAAGAAAGCACAAAUUAUCAGUGAUCCUUUGCGGGACAUGCUGCUUUUCCCUAAUGAAGAUUUUCAGAUUGUGACACUGAAACGUCAUGGGAGAACACUCUUCCCCACAGUGCCUGAAAAUGCAAGGAAAGAAGCCCACAGCUUGCUGGUCACAGAAUGCAUCAAGACCUACAACUCUGAUUGGCAUCUCGUUCAAUACAAGUAUGAAGACUACUCAGGAGAUUUCAGGCAGCUGCCAAACAAAGCACCAAGACCAGAAAAACUUCCAGUUCACGUUUUUGAAGUUGAUGAAGAUGUUGACAAAGAUGAGGAUACAGCUUCUCUUGGCUCACAGAAAGGAGGGAUCACUAAACAAGGAUGGUUGCACAAGGGCAAUAUGAACAGUGCGAUCAGUGUUACCAUGAGGUCAUUCAAGAGGCGUUUCUUCCACCUGACUCAACUUGGAGAUGGAUCGUACAUUCUUAAUUUUUACAAAGAUGAGAAAAUCUCGAAGGAACCGAAGGGCUCAAUCUUUCUUGACUCGUGCAUGGGAGUGGUCCAGAACAAUAGAAUCAGACGGUAUGCCUUCGAACUGAAGAUGCAGGACAAGAGCAGUUACCUGUUGGCAGCCGACAGUGACCAAGAAAUGGACGAGUGGAUUGGAACCCUGAAUAAAAUCCUCCAGAGUACCUUUGAAGCUGCCAUGCAAGAGAAGAGAAACGGCGAGUCACUGGAGAUUUCAGAUGAUGAAAUAUCUGGUAUGGGGAGAUCAGAACAUGUAACCAGCUUGGAAAGUCUCCAUUGUGAAAUGACAAAGAGCACAAGAGACAUAGAAACAAAGAAGAAUGAAGGGAGAUUAAAGCUUUUUGUUUUGGAUGCAGAUACGCAGAAACUUGACUUCUCGAAUAUUGAACCAGAUGUAAGGCCAUUUGAGGAGAAAUUUGGAAAACGGUUUCUGGUGAAAUGCAAUGAUUUGUCCUUCAAUCUGCAAAGCUGUGUGGCUGAAAAUGAAGAGGGGCCCACAACUAAUGUGGAGCCUUUCUUUGUCACCCUGGCACUAUUUGAUAUUAAAAAUAGUCGAAAGAUCUCUGCUGACUUCCACGUAGAUCUAAAUCAUGUAUCAGUCCGACACAUGUUUUCAAACUCGACAUCCAUUAUGAAUGGCGGUGAUACUUUAACCACUUCACAGAAGUACAUCAAUGGCAUUCCUGAGAGUCUGUUACAAUAUCCUAAACAGGGAAUCUUUUCUGUCACAUGCCCUCAUCAAGACAUAUUUCUCGUUGCCCGUGUGGAGAAGGUUCUGCAGGGAGGUAUCACUCAGUGUGCAGAACCCUACAUGAAGAGCUCAGAUUCAGCCAAGGUUGCACAGAAGGUAUUGAAGAAUGCCAAGCAAGCCUGUGCAAGACUUGGACAAUACAGAAUGCCUUUUGCCUGGGCUGCAAGGCCUGUCUUCAAAGAUAAUCAAGGAACCCUUGACAAGACUGCUCGAUUCUCAGCCCUUUACAGACAAGAUAGCAAUAAGCUCUCCAAUGAAGACUUGCUAAAAUUGUUGUUGGACUUUAGGAAACCAGAAAAGAUGUCUAAACUUCCUGUUAUUUUGGGGAACUUAGAUAUCAACAUCGACAAUGUGGCUUCAGAUUUUCUGACUUGUGUUAACACCUCAUACAUCCCGGUGAAACGUUUUGAAAAUGGUUCCAAGGUCACAGUUACUCAUGAAGUGGAGGAAUUUGUUCCAUGUAGAGCAAAGCUAUCCCAGCCUUUCACAACCUAUAACAAUCAUUUCUAUAUUUAUCCAAAGCAUCUAAAGUAUGACAGUCAAAAAUCAUUUGCAAAAGCAAGAAAUAUUGCAGUCCGCAUCGAGUUUAGGGACUCUGAUGAGGAAGACUCUCAGCCUCUGAAGUGUAUCUACGGGAGACCUGGGAGUCCUGUGUUUAUGAAAUAUGCUUUCACAGUGGUAUUACAUCACCAUCAAAAUCCAGAGUUCUAUGAUGAGAUUAAAGUGGAGUUGCCGACCCAGCUACACGAGAAGCACCACUUGUUGUUCACGUUCUACCACGUCAGUUGUGACAACUCGAGCAAAGGCACCACCAAGAAGCGGGAAACCAUUGAAUCACAAGUUGGCUAUGCCUGGCUACCAUUGCUGAAAGACGGUCGAGUUGUGACCAAUGAAAAUCAGAUACCUGUUUCAGUGAAUCUUCCUUUGGGUUAUCUCAGUUACCAGGAACUGGGAAUGGGGAAGCAUUCAGGCCCUGAAAUCAAGUGGGUCGAUGGAGCCAAGCAUAUUUUCAAAGUCUCAACGCAUCUUGUGUCUACAGUCUACACUCAGGACCAACACUUGAACAAUUUUUUCCAAUAUUGUCAAAAAUGUGACUCUGGAGCUCAGGCCUCAGGGACGGAACUUGUCAAAUUCCUCAAGAGCUUACAUGCAAUGGAAGGCCAUGUGAUGAUUAACUUCCUGCCCACAAUCCUGAACCAGUUGUUUCGUGUACUUGCAAGGGCCACACAAGAGGAUGUCGCAGUUAAUGUUACAAGAGUUCUUGUACACAUUGUCUCGCAGUGUCAUGAAGGACUGGAGCACUACCUGCGAUCCUACAUCAAGUUUGUCUUCAAAACGGAACCCUGCAAUUCCUCCAAAUGCAAGACAGUACAUGAGGAGUUAACGAAAUCCAUGACUGUUCUGCUCAAAACAACAGCCGACUUUCUGACCUGUAACAAGCUUCUCAAGUAUUCUUGGUUUUUCCUGGAGGCACUGAUCAAAUCAAUGGCCCAACAUCUUACAGAAACCAGCAAACUGAAGUUAUUCCGAAAUCAGCGAUUCCCUGCCUCUUACCAGCACACUGUGGAAACCCUUGUCAACUUGUUAAUGCCACACAUCACUCAGAAAUACAAAGAUAAGCCAGAGGAAGCUCGGAAUGCGAAUCACAGCCUUGCUGUCUUCAUUAAGAGAUGCUUCUCGUUGAUGGACAGAGGAUUUGUCUUCAAACAAAUCAACAAUUACAUGAAGUGGUUCAGUCCAGGAAAUCCAAAGACUCUGUUUGAGCUGAAGUUUGAAUUUCUGCGAGUUAUCUGCAACCACGAACAUUAUAUACCAUUAAACCUGCCUAUGCCAUUUGGAAAAGGCAGAGUUCCCAGAUAUCAAGCAUUUCUUUCACCAACUGUGGAGUCAUGUACUGCUCCUGUAGACUUGCAGCUUGACUUUACACUGACGGAUGACUUCUGCAAGAACCAUUUCUUGGUGGGGCUGUUACUAAGGGAGGUUGGCAGUGCAUUGCAGGAGUACAGAGAUGUACGUCAGAUUGCAAUCGGCGUAUUGAAGAGCUUGAUGAUAAAACACACCUUCGAUGAUCGCUACUUAGCUAAGAGUCAGCAGGCCAGAAUUGCCACUUUGUACUUGCCUCUUUUUGGCCUUCUGCUUGAAAAUGUACAGCGUAUCAAUGUGAAGGAUUGCUCUCCGUUUCCCAUCAACCAGCCCAGCAACAGUGGAAAGGAGGAGUCUUCAUUCAAUUUACAAGCAGGAGGCACCAUGCUGACCCCACAGAGACCAGGAAACAUGCUGGAUAACAGUGUCCACAAGGAUGUGUUUGGUGUUAUAUCGGGCACAGCUUCUCCUCAUGGAUCGUCCACCCCAACUAUCAGUGCAGUGAAGCAUGCAGACUCUAGAGGCUCUUUGAUCAGCACUGACUCAGCUACGAGUCUGCCAGAACGCAACGCUGAAAAGACUAACUCCCUCGAUAAGAAUCAAGGCUGUGUUGGGGGCUCUCUGAUACGAUGUGACAAACUGGAACAGACAGAGAUACGCAGUCUCCUCAUGUGUUUCCUGCACGUGCUAAAAAGCAUGUCUGAUGAUGCUUUGAUUACUUAUUGGAACAAGGCUUCUACUCCUGAACUGAUGGACUUCUUUACAAUCCUUGAAGUGUGUCUUCAUCAGUUCAGAUAUAUGGGGAAGCGAUACAUAGCAAGGAACCAAGAGGGGUUAGGAUCCAUCAGUAAUGCACAUGAAAAGAAAGCUCAAACGUUGCCUGUUUCUCGCAGUAGAACAGGAAUGAUGCAUGCCAGAUUGCAGCAACUCAGCAGCUUGGAUAAUUCUUGCACUUUUAACCACAGCUACGGCCAUACCGAUGCCGAUGUCUUGCAUCAGUCACUCGUCGAGGCCAACAUUGCAACCGAAGUGUGUCUCACUGUUCUGGAUAUGAUGGCUUUAUUCACCCAUGUUUUUAAGGGUCAACUGCUUUCUGACAAUGGACACAACCCCCUGAUGAAGAAAGUUUUCAACGUUCUCCUCUGCUUUGUCCAAAUCAAUCAGUCAGAAAUGGCCCUGAAGUAUGUCUUUGCAGCUCUGAGGAAUCUUGUCUACAAGUUUCCAUCCACGUUCUUCGAAGGCAGAGCCGACAUGUGUGCCACAAUGUGCUACGAGAUUUUGAAGUGCUGUAACUCUAAGUUGAGCACCAUCCGGGGGGAUGCAUCCACUCUCCUUUAUUUCUUAAUGAGGAACAAUUUUGAGUGGACAGGGAGGAAAUCCUUUGUGAGGACACAUCUACAGGUGAUCAUCGCAGUGAGUCAGUUAAUAGCGGAUGUGGUUGGAAUCGGAGGGACCAGAUUUCAGCAGUCGUUGGCUAUUAUUAACAAUUGUGCCAACUGUGACCGAGCCGUAAAGGCGACUGCAUUUCCGUCUGAAGUGAAAGAUUUGAUGAAGCGUAUUCGCACGGUGCUCAUGGCUACGGCUCAAAUGAAAGAGCAUGAGAAUGAUCCGGAAAUGCUCGUGGAUCUUCAAUAUAGUUUGGCAAAGUCCUACGCCAGCACCCCAGAGCUGAGGAAAACCUGGUUGGACAGCAUGGCAAAGAUCCACAUGAAGAAUGGUGAUUUAUCUGAGGCAGCAAUGUGCUAUGUUCAUGUGGCAGCACUUGUGGCUGAAUAUCUCAGGAGGAAAGGUAUAUUUAAGCAAGGCUGCACAGCGUUCAAGGUGAUCACACCCAACAUAGAUGAGGAGGCUGCAAUGAUGGAAGAUGUAGGCAUGCAAGAUGUUCACUACAAUGAGGAUGUUCUAAUGGAAUUAUUGGAACAAUGUGCUGAUGGACUCUGGAAGGCAGAACGCUACGAGUUGAUUUCGAACGUGUACAAACUAAUAAUUCCAGUUUAUGAGAAAAGACGUGAAUUUGAGAAACUUGCUCAUCUGUAUGAAACUUUGCAUCAAGCUUACAAGAAAAUUGCUGAAGUUACUCACACAGGAAAAAGACUACUAGGCACCUACUUUCGGGUAGCCUUUUUUGGGCAGGCAGCGGGGUUCUUUGAGGAUGAGGACGGCAAGGAGUACAUUUACAAAGAGCCAAAACUGACCCAGUUGUCUGAGAUAUCGCAGCGACUUCUGAAACUUUACUCAGACAAAUUUGGCUCCGAGAAUGUGCGGAUGAUCUACGAUGAUGGGAAGGUCAAUCCAAAAGACUUGGAUUCGAAAUAUGCCUACAUCCAAGUGACAUACGUGACCCCAUAUCUUGAGGAGAAGGAAUUGCUGGACAGAAAAACAGAUUUUGAGAAAAGUCACAAUAUUCAGCGGUUUGUGUUUGAGAUGCCAUUCACCAUUUCUGGAAAGAAGCAGGGAGGAGUUGAGCAACAGUGCAAGAGGAGAACAAUUUUAACAACUACUCACUACUUUCCCUACGUGAAAAAGCGCAUCCCUGUCAUGUACCAGCAGCAUGUGGAUAUGAAUCCCAUUGAAGUGGCAAUUGAUGAAAUGGGUAAUAAAGUGACCGAGCUACAAAUAUUAUGCUCCUCCUCAGAUGUGGAUAUGAUUAAGUUGCAACUGAAACUCCAAGGCAGUGUCAUCGUGCAGGUCAAUGCUGGGCCAUUAGCGUAUGCCCGGGCAUUCCUAGAAGAGGCCAAUGUGAAAAAGUAUCCAGACAACAAAGUGAAACAACUGAAGGAAGUGUUCAGGCAAUUUGUUGAGGCUUGUGGGCAAGCCUUGAUUGUAAAUGAGCGUUUGAUCAAAGAAGAUCAGGUUGAAUAUCAAGAGGAAAUGAAGGCAAACUAUAGAGAAAUGGUUCGGGAACUCUCUGACAUCAUGCAUGAACAGAUUUUGCCAGAGGAUGACGGAUUGAAGAUCAAUCUUCUUCCUAACUCAUAUCACAUCUUCAACGCAAUCAGCGGAACGCCAACUGGGACAACUGUUCAGGGUAUUUCCAAUUCCUCUUCCAUGGUGUAAAAGUUCACGAGUGGAACAUUAUCAUCAGCAUACCAAGUCAUUCCUGCAUGUAUUCACUCAGGACACUUUGGAGCCUCACAAGAUGUGGGAACAGAUCAGACUAAGUUGUGACAGUCUUGAUAAUGACGUCAGCUAUGUCGUGGAGCCAAAGGAAAUAAUGUUUGCACAUUUUAAGCUCUGCUUCAGGGAAUGCCUUUGACUUUUACAAGGUUCUCUGAGAAGCUUUGCUAGUCUGCAUUUUAUUGUACAGUUUUUAGAACUCAGUGGUGGAAAUGGGUCCAUUGCUUUGCUAUAAGAAUCUAUCUUAAAAGUAUCAACUUCGUAUGUUUAAUAUAUUGCAAAAAUGGGAAAAUAAUGUUAGCAUCAAUAUUUUUGCUGUUGGUUUACAUUUAUCUAAUGCCUGUAGAUAAUUAUUAAAGAUGACAAAUUAAUGGAUUGCAUAAGAAAGGUAUAUUUCAGAUAGGAUAUAUGUCAAGUGCAACAAAGCAGCAAAGUUUAAAAUUAUAGUUUCCAUUUAAUAAAGAAAAGAACGGUUGAGUAUUAUAGAUUCUAUGCUGGUUUACAUGGGUUUAUACAAAGGAAUACGAAACUGUGCUGUUGCGAUACCUUUGUCUUGUAUUUCAUGUGAAAACACUAUGCAUGUAGCUUUGUCAACUUCCACUGGUGAACCUAGCCCUGGUAGUGACCCUGGUAUUCUGUCACAGUGCAUUAAUGAGCCUGAAUGUAAAAUGCAUUUGUAAUUAUUCAACUGUACAGUAAUUAUCUUUGCUCGGGCAGUCUGAUCACCAAGUGCGUGUAGCUUGCUGUACACAUUUGGAUUUGUAGUACAGUAUUUUCAUGAUGUGCAAUGUUGAAUAAUGUAAAAAUUUCACCAGAGACCAGCUUUAUAGCCUUGCCUUCAAUAAAAAGUAAAGCAUUGGUAAGGGGACGCAGGAUUACGGUACAUUACCUUCUCCUGCAUCAUAUACAGUAUAUUUUAAAAAUGUGCUUUGUUUGUAUUCUUGUACGUAAUCGAGUGCAAUAUUGGUCAUAACAUAAUACCCCAGAUGUAUACAGUCUUUAUGUUCUGAUUUAUAGAAUGUUGCAUAGCAAUUGUCUCUUUUUUUGCCAAAGUUGACAGGAUAUUAUCAGCAAUCAUUUAUACUCUUUUGAGGGGGAUCAUAACUUAAAUAGUUUUCCCAUCAGAAUUGCCUUGAAAAGCUUAAUUAAGUUUUAUAUUUUGGGGGAAAGGCGUGGUUUUUAAUAUUAUUUAAACUGGAACUGUUGUCCUGCUGUAUGUAAAUUGAAAUUUUGUUCUCCUUGUACAGCUGUAAUAAGUUCAGCUUGUUUGUUUCUCUCCAGUUUCAAUUUGUAUAUGUGUAACCUCAGGCCUACCUGAUAAAAGCAGAUUUCAAAGUUUUUCUAA